AUGUCGCGUAGACUCCCUGCCACAUCUACCCCUACUACUAUCUCUCGCCAGUGCUGCUCGCGGCUCAGAUUCUCCACCCGGCGCCUCUCCACCCCUUCAUCCCCUCUGGUGUCAACCGCCAGAACAGCAGUCUCGCUUCUCACAUCCCUCGUUAUAGUCAUCUCCGUUAUACCAUCCUCGGGUCCUCCACAAUCAAACUUUCGAUCAUAUUCCGUCUCGUUACUAUCACAAUCCAAUGGCAUUCGAGUGUUGGCGGAGGCGUGGCGUUUCAAGGAGAAUCCUCUUGAACAUGCGAAACAUCCGCGCAUGGUUACCCUGUUCUCCGUGGAGUGCGGUCCCUACUUUGACUGGCAGACCGUGGGGCUCAUGCACAGCUACAGGCGCAGCAAGCAACCAGGCCCCAUCACUCGCCUGCUCAGCUGCACAGAGGAGCAGCUAAAGGAUUACCCCAACAUGGACCUCGCUCCCACGCACACCGUGCCCUCCAUGUCCCUCGACCCCAAGACUGGCGAGUGGUAUCCAGCAAUCAACAAGCCCUAUGGGGUGUGGCACUGGGUGCAGCACAGCCCACAGGCGGAGUGGGUGGUGGUUCUAGAUUCUGAUGUGUUGCUUGCUCUCUCCCUCUUCUCCCUCUUCUCCCUCUUCUUCCUCCCUGUCUCCCCCUCACCCACUACAGCACAGCAGGCGGAGUGGGUGGUGAUCCUGGACGCUGACAUGGUCAUCAGGGCGCCCGUCACCUCGUGGGGCGUGAAAGCAGGCAAGGGCAGGCCAGUUGCCGCCUAUUACGGCUACCUCAUCGGUUGUGACAACAUACUGGCCCAGCUGCACACCAAGCACCCCGAGCUGUGUCCCAAAGUGGGCGGAUUCAUAGUCAUGCACAUUGACGAUCUGCGCCGCUUCGCCCCGCUCUGGCUCAGCAAGACACAGGAGGUGCGAGCGGACAAGGCACACUAUGCGAGGAACAUCACAGGGGAUGUGUACUCAUCAGGGUGGAUCAGCGAGAUGUAUGGCUACUCUUUUGGUGUUGCUGAUCCCUGUCUAUCUAACCCGGCCUCUCUUCUCUCCCGCUAUGGACUCUCUGCUAUCAACCCCCCCUUGUUGCCUUGCCCCUCCCCACAGGCAGGAUUGCGCCACCAGCUGGACCAAAACAUGAUGCUCUAUCUGACAUACGCAUGCAGCCCCGUGUACUGCCCCAUGUACUGCCCCGUGUACUGCCCCAUGUACUGCCCCGUGUACUGCCCCAUGUACUGCCCCAUGUACUGCCCCAUGUACCGCCCCAUUAUACUGCUUGCUGAUUCCCCAGUUCCCACCCCACCACUCCCGCCCUCCUCCUCCACCCCCUCUACAGGCCCCACUCUUCUUCAACCUGUUCCCCCUCUCUCUCUUCUCUCCCUCCUCCCCUCCCAACAGGCGGGGUUGCACCAUCAAGUCGACCAAACAACCAUGCUCUACCCAGGCUACAACCCAACGCCAGGCGUGGACCCCCGCUUGCUGCACUACGGGCUUGCUUUCUCCGUCGGCAACUGGAGCUUCGGCAAGUCGCAGCAUCGCACGGACAAGAUUGUGAAUGAGUGCAACCGGCUGUUUGACCCGCCUCCAUUCCCCUCUGAGAUGGAGACAUCAAGUCAAGUGAGCAACUGGACCUUUGGCAAGUCACAUCAUCGGACGGACAAGAUUGUCAACGAGUGCAACCGUCUGUUUGACCCGCCUCCAUUGCCCUCUGAGGCGUUGAGGAUGCAUGAGAAGGAGAACCCACGUGGUGGGCGUCAUGAGAAGGAGAACCCACGUGGUGGGCGUCAUGAGAAGGAGAACCCACGUGGUGGGCGUCAUGAGAAGGAGAACCCACGUGGUGGGCGUCAUGAGAAGGAGAACCCACGUGGUGGGCGUCAUGAGAAGGAGAACCCACGUGGUGGGCGUCAUGAGAAGGAGAACCCACGUGGUGGGCGUCAUGAGAAGGAGAACCCACGUGGUGGGCGUCAUGAGAAGGAGAACCCACGUGGUGGGCGUCAUGAGAAGGAGAACCCACGUGGUGGGCGUCAUGAGAAGGAGAACCCACGUGUCAUCCCUGGGCCCUUCUGCCUUUGGCCCCGGCCUGUCGUCAUUCCACCCUCCACGGCAAUGACAGUGAGGGAGAGGGGAAGGGGCAUGCUUCACAGUGAGGGAGAGGGGAAGGGGCAUGCUUCACAUGCAAGAAUCCAGACGUCUCUGGGACCUGCUGCCUUUGGCCCCACUGUCUCUUCCCAGCCCGAAGAGGGCAUGCUCCGAGGGGAGGUGAGGGGAGCGGCUGGCAGUGCAGGCGGCCAAUCAUUCCUCGCACCUGCCGCCUGCCCAUUUCUGACGCCCUUUUCCCCUGCCCUCUCCCAUUCCUCUCUUUCUCGCCUCUGCCCUUCCUUUCUCUCUCCCAACCCACCAGUGCGAGCAUCCAGUCAUCUCUGGGCCCUGCUGCCUUUGGCCCCACUGUCUCUUCCCAGCCCGAAGGGGGCAUGCUCCGAGGGGAGUGCGAGCAUCCAGUCAUCCCUCGGACCUUCUGCCUUUGGUCCCACUGUCUCUUUGAUCCCUGAAGGGGGCAUGCUCCGAGGGGAGGCGAGGGGAGCGGCUGUGGGAGGAGGAGUAAGAGGGGGGUUAGGAAACUCUGUUGUUGCCAACACCGGCGUUGGGGACGCCUCCCGCCUUCCUAUUCUCGAAAUCGACUCCCCUCCUCCCGUUCCUCUCCCGCUGCCGAACCUGGGCCCGGACGUGCCUGUUGAUCCGGCUCGGGACCCGAACCUUUGGCAGCCGUUUCAUGUGAAGGGCACGCCGAGGCUGGUCACGCUUUUUUCGGGCGAGUGUACUGCGUAUUUCGAUUGGCAGACGCUCGGGCUGAUGUACAGCUUUCGGAGGAGCGGGCAGCCCGGAAAACUUGUGCGGCUGCUGGCUUGUAACGAGGACAUGCUUAAGGAGUACAAGGGGCUGGACCUGGCUCCGACUAUGGUGGUGCCGAAUUGGGACCACGACCCCCACAACGGAGAUUGGUAUUCUGCCAUUAACAAGCCUGUCGGGGUGAAGUACUGGCUUGACAACAGCCCCGACGCGCAACAGGUCGAUUUUGUCCUCAUCCUCGACGCGGAUCAGAUCCUCCGCCGCCCGAUUCUGCCCUGGGAGCUAGGCGCCGAGCGAGGCCGCCCAGUUUCCGCCGACUACGGGUACCUGAUCGGGUGUGACAACAUCCUGGGGUCGCUGCACAUGAAGCACCCCAAGCAUUGCGACAAGGUCGGGGGGUACAUUGCCAUCCACGUGGACGACCUGCGCCUGCUGGCUCCCCGGUGGAUUGCCAAGACGGAAGAGGUGCGAGCGGACAAGGAGCACUACGCCACCAACAUCACGGGCGACGUGUACGGGCAGGGGUGGAUCAGCGAGAUGUACGGCUACUCGUUUGGUGCCUCCGAUGUGGUGAUAGACAGGAUAAUAUCAAACUGCUCACCUACUCCUGGGAUAAUUCCCGCUUCCCACGUGCUGCACUCCCAUCAAUUCCCCACUCAUCUCUCCUCUUUUCCCUCUCCUCUUUUCCUUGCAUCCUCUCUCCUCCCCCACUCCUCUCCCUUUCUCCUCCUCCCCCCUCUCCCUCCACAGGCCAAUCUACACCAUGUGGUGAUCGACAAUAUAAUGCUCUACCCCGGCUAUCCCCCUGUACCAAACAUCGACCCUCGUCUCUUCCACUACGGCCUCGAGGUUAAAGUUCUGAAUUACUCCUGGGACAAGUCCCGCUUCCGAGACACCCCCCUAGCCCUCACCUGCGGUUACCAUUUCCCCGACCCUCCUGACGUUACGGACUUGCCCCCGUUACCCUCUCUCAAUUCUGGUGCUGCUGCUGCUGGUGGUAAAGGUGGUAUUGGCGGUUUAUUUGCGGGGCUUAGGGGUGGAGGAGGGGGGGAAGAGGAGAGGGUGAAGAAGCUGAAGGAGUUGCAGGAGGAGCGGCGGAAAGAGUUCAUAGUUAUUGAGUGUGUUGCGGUGCUGAAUCGUGCUUUAAGAGAGUAUCACCGGCUGAGGCUAGGGUGCCCUGCGUCUGGCGAGAAAGACGUGGGCGUUAUGGAUCUUACUGGAGCGUCUUUUAUCGAGUCGGGGAGUGGGGGAGGGGGUGUGAGGGAGCUUAGAGCUGAUGUGUGGGCGAGAGUGAGAGAUGGGGGAGAAGGGAUGGAGGUGGAGGAGGAGAGGAGGACGGGGAGGACUGAGGAGGGGAAUGGGGAUGUGGAGAGAGUGGGGAGGUUUGUGGUAGAGAGUGUGGAAGUGAGGGAGAGGGGGGGAUUGGAGCGAGGGCUUGUUGUUGGGGUAGAGAUGGCAGAAGGGGAGAGAGAGCGGAUGGAGGAGAGGAUGGAGGAGAGGAUGAGGGAGGAGGAUGGGCAGGAGGGAGGGAUAGGAGGGGUUGGAGAGGUGGGGGUAGAGGAGCAGCAGGGGCAGAACAAGCAAGGGAAUGAAGAAAACCAUAUUGAACAUCAGCAGGAGCAUCAGCAAGGAGAGGAGCAAUUGAAAGGCGCAGGAAACGGGGAAGGUGGAUUGGUUAGAGAUCAGCAAGAAAAUUCCGGUGUAGAGGAGGUGAAUACAUUUAAAGGCAGCGGUGGUGGUAUCAAAGCACAGAGUGGUAAGAUCCAACAAAUUCGAGGGCUCUUACGUGGCAGGCGAUCAUUGGUCGGAGGAGAUCUGAGCUCCGCAGGUGAUAGGGCGGCUGGUGGGGUUGGAGGAGGGGGCGAGGGCACCACAGAAGGUGGGCUGGAUUGGGUGCUGUGGUUGAAGCGGUAUAAGAAAUGGCUUGCUGCGCCGUGGGUGCUGGCUGCGGUUAUGCUGCUGCUGGUGGUUACCAGGAGGCGGCAGCGGAAGCGGAGGGAGGGGAGGGAGAUGAGAGAAGCGCGGCGGGAGAGGAGGGCGAGGAAAAAACGAUCGGAGAAGAUCCCAAAGGAUGUGACAGACUAA